UUGUUUAAAUCGGAUUAUUAAUGCAAGUGGAAAGCCUGUAUUGACAGUGCGACGCUAUACGUAUCUACUCAGCAGUAGUUCCACUGAGUCAAACAGGUUUUAUUCCCUUGAUAAAAGGUAUAGGUUUCUAGCCUUAUUGUACAAGUUCCUCCCUUCUGUGCCCCCUCCUGCAUCAACGACAUUCACACACGGAACAAACAUGCUUUAUAGUGAGUGAGGGUAGUUAGUGGUCACUGAGUACAAAGGAAUUGUUAUUCCUCUGACCACAGGCAAAGUACAACGUUUUGAUUGUUGUGAUAUGCAUCUUUUGAACGGAUCCCGAAGUAGGGCCUCCAGAAGGUGACGUGUUUCCCUUGUUGUGUCCCAACUCUCAUCACGCAUGGUGUCAGAUCCUCAAUGUAUCAGAGUUAGAAGCUUCUUUCUUGGCCUAUUCUGGCAGAUACUCCAAUGAAACCAAGCUAAGUGUUUCCAUGUCUGCUGGAAGCAAAUACAGCUUGUACGUAGGCGUGGCCUUGGCCAUAGGCUCCAGUAUUUUUGUUGGUUCCAGCUUUAUACUGAAAAAAAAGGGCCUUUUGCAGUUGGCUGAAAAAGGAUUCACUAGAGCUGGACAGGGUGGGCAUUCUUACCUGAAGGAAUGGCUAUGGUGGGCAGGUUUACUUUCAAUGGGAAUAGGAGAAGCAGCAAACUUUGCCGCAUAUGCUUUUGCACCAGCAACUUUGGUAACUCCUUUGGGUGCACUGAGUGUUCUUAUAAGUGCAAUAUUAUCUUCCUAUUUUUUGAAUGAAAAGCUCAAUAUUCAUGGAAAGCUGGGCUGUGUAUUGAGCAUUUUGGGAUCCACUGUGAUGGUGAUUCAUGCCCCUGAAGAGGAGCAGGUGACAUCAUUGGAUGAAAUGGAAAUAAAGCUAAGAGACCCAGUAUUCAUUGCAUUUGCUGCUAUCAUAAUUGUGAUCUCGCUGGUGCUCAUUUUUGUUGUUGCUCCAAGGCUUGGCCAGACAAAUAUACUGGUCUACAUUUCCAUUUGUUCAGUGAUUGGAGCAUUCUCAGUCUCCUCUGUCAAGGGGCUGGGUAUUGCUAUUAAAGAUCUGCUAUAUCAGAGGCCAGUCUUCCGACAUCCACUGGUUUAUAUUUUGGCAGCAGUUUUGGUGCUAUCCGUCAGUACUCAGAUUAACUACCUCAACAAAUCGUUGGAUGUGUUUAAUACGUCUGUAGUAACACCUAUUUAUUAUGUGUGCUUUACAACCACGGUGGUGAUCUGCUCUGUGAUCCUCUUCAAAGAGUGGAAUAGCAUGGAGCUUGGCGAUAUCAUUGGGACUUUGAGUGGAUUCUUCACCAUAAUUAUAGGCAUCUUCUUUCUGCAUGCUUUUAAAAAUGUCAACAUCACCUGGAACCAGUUAGCAUCUUCUGUUAAAAAAGAGCCAGUCUUGCCACUCCAUGGUUAUGAGGCUCAUCAUACUCUAUUGGAGAAUAUGGAGGCUCCAGCCUCGACAUACGAUGACGAUAAUGCUCUGUUCAGUCAUGGAAAUGAGCAAGGUAAUGGCCACCACUAAAUCAUCUCUGCUGCUAUCCAGAGCAAAAUAAAUAUUUGGAAAACUUAUAACCAUUCACCCCUGAGUUGUACUCGGAGGGACUAAAAGUAGUUGCUAUGGUGUUUGCUCAUAGCACAAAAAAGAAAAUGUGGUACUGAUGAUGUUUCCAUGUACUUCCCAUCUUUGCAGCAUAUGAACUUCACUGAUAAUUGUGGUGCUGUUUGGGGGAUAGUACUCUUUGUAAAGAUAACUGAAUUACAAUAUAUGUAACAUAUUUUUAUAGAUAGCACUUUAUGGUUUUUAUUGCAUUGAAAAAAAUUAAGUUUUUUUCUUGGCUGAGUUACUGUUCUAUAUGAAAAAUCGUGACCUUCCAAAAGGUUGUCAUCUUAGCAUUGCGGAUGUCUAAUGUUCACUCAAAAGUUUUUCAGUAAGCAAAUGUCCAAAAGGAGAAAAAAAACUUAUCUUUUUAAAAAUUCUAUCAAAGAACUAUACAUUCACUGGAAAAAGGGAUAUUUUAUAGGCCAGAUAGCACUGAAUUAUUUAGAAGCAUAUUUUUUACUGGCAUCAUGAAAACUUAACUUGAUUUUUUUCUUAUCUCCUUUAUGUGAGAACUACUACAUAUUCCUAGCAAACAGACCUAAUAACUUUGUUAGUGGUUUUAGGAAAAACCUCAAAACUACAUUCCUAUUGAGUACUCACUCCACUUUUUCUUAAUAUGAUGGUGUGUAUCUAGACCAAAGUAUUGCUCCUAGACUUCUAAAACCAGAUUUCUAGAAGUAUUUCCUCUUGGCCAUCUAAAAGAGGAAAGGGAAAUUUGUAUAUUGAUAAUUACUGUAUUAUUAUAUAAUAGAUGGAGGUUGGAACAGGAUUCCCAUCAUGCAGUACUUAGUUUGUAGAAGAGUUUUAAGAAUUCUGAAUAUGUUUCAUCACAAAUGAGUCAAGCCAAUUUUGUUGAUUUGUAGUUUUGGUCAAAAUCUGUUAACAUUAAAAGAAAAAUAAAACCAAUCCAUUAUAUGUAGUCAGUUUUAAGAAGGGGGUUCUGCUAAAAUUGUUGCCACUGGCCAUUUAAAUCCUCCAUCUUCAUUUCCUACAAAAGUCUACCAAACUUAAAAUCAUCUUGUACUUAUACUAGAAAGGAGUCCUUUAUGCACAGGGUAGAUGAAUUAAAUUAAGAAACAAAAACAUUCUUCCUCUCUUAUAUUUCAGUUCUUUAUAGUGUUGACAGGGUUCUUCUUAUCUACCUUUUUACUUUUUUGUGAACCAGAAGAUGACUUUAGUCAUCAAAUGUGAGCAUCUCAAACCUGAAUGGUCAGGUCCUGAAAGCUUCUUCUUGGAACAGCAUUGCAUCAGUAAUCAUUGUCUUGGCUGCUGAAGUAAAUUCUGAACCAGCUCUUCAGUAUCCAAUACUACCUGCUCAGUUCCAAAACUGCUUAGGGGAGAAAAAAAGGAUUGCGAUGGAAAUCCUUCUGAAAGUGUAUGGGUUGGAAGAAUACAAAAGGCAUGCUUGUAUUAUAGGAGUGGAACAAGUACAGACUUACAUAACACCCUGUUGCUUAUAGCAAAAUCUGACCGUGUAGCUUUAUAAAUUUUAUUUUGGUGCUUGGUCUGCCAGGAACUUCUUGUAUUAGCUCCAUUGAAACUACUCGUGUUCAUUUCAAGGAAGUUACCUAUACAGAGUUUUGAUGGAUUACCUUAACUGAGUAUCUUAUUAUGGACCCUCAUUCUCUGAAAUCUGACAUUCAACUAACUUAAGUCAUAUACAUGAGAAUUGUUAGUGAGUUCUAAUACCACUGCAUUUUAUGACAGAUUUUGGGCAGGAUCUGCUGUUUAGAUGCUUGGUUUAAAUUUCUAGUAGUCCUAAAUUGGUCCAAAGGAAACCAAAUCUUUUCAGGGGUUCUCUAGACUCUAGUGCAUACCCAAUGCCAUUACCAGAUGAGCAUCUUGGCCUCGAAGCUUCUGUGCCUGCCAUCCCCCUUCCUGUCUUUAUCAGGCCCUUUAUGCCCCUGGUAUAUGAGGUUAAGGAGGCUUGUCUAAGAUGUAUUCCUAACUACGUAAGGUAUAUGCUAGGGCACAGAAGCCUUUAAUCUGUUACAGAACGUAAAGAGUUUUCUGGAUCAGUUUGAGAAUAGUCACCCAUCAACAGGCACUGAGAUAAUGUUCCAUCAGAAACAAUUUAUUAAUGGUAAAUUUAUGCAGGUGUAGCUUUUUAUAUGUAUUUACUACAUUUAUGGCUUGACCAAAUACCUACAUACGUCUAUAGAUACAUGCUUUGUGUUCAUAUUAGAUAUGGUAUUUGUCCAUGUUAAAAACUUGGAAAUUGAACAGGGUGUAAAAAAUAUCUGAUCAACUUAGGAAAUAUCUUGAUCAUUUCCUAUUUGCACUCUAGUUACCCAGCACUGACAUCCAUUGUAAAAUGAGCAAGCAUUGUCCUUUAAAAUGCGUAUUAGAGAACCAUAAUUUUAUUUGCAGAAAAGUUUUUAAUGUUAUUCAGGAAAGAUUUUUUUCUAUGUACAAACAUUUUGACUUUGUAUUUGAACACAAUUUUAAAAAAAUGUUAACUUCAUAGAAAUAUUUUUGAAGAUUGAUAUGGUAAUAUUCAAACAAAGGAAUGGUAGAAUAAAAGUAUAUUGUUUUGAUAAAA